AUGAUCGACCGUCAUACAGAGGAGUACAUGUGGACACGUUUGAGUCAAGAUUCCCGGCCUGAUCUGGUUAACAUUGUUACCAUGCUCCCCCCCUCUUACAUGCGAAUGAUCCGAGAUUCAAGCCUGGAUGGACCGGUAGGUAUUAUUUGUGCAUACUAUUCAUCUUCCUUAUCUAGUGCACGCUAUGUGGAUCCUCCUCCAACAUUUCUAUCCACUCCGACCGAUUUGAGCCCAUUCCAUCAGACCGUCUCAGGCAAGGCCAUUUCUAGUCUGCUACGAAAUGACGCCGUCCCUGGUGUCCGAAUGACUGUGCAAAUCGGUCGCCGAACCGGUCUAAUAAAACUGAUCAAUGGACAACAAGUUGAACUCGUUUCUUGGUCCGGGCAUGUCCGUGUUCAUUGUAUACUUGUGGCACCAACUGUCGGACUGCCAACCGGAUCUCGGCGGGAUAUUCGUUCCAUUGUGUUGGGUUCGGCAAGCUCCCCUGCCGUGUAUGAUUUACGUGAUCCACAUCAGUCAGAAACAAGUCUGGAGGUUCUUCUUCCUGUCUCUUUUCACACGUUAACGGUGAACGGUAAAAGUGGUGGGCGGGAAUGGUCUUUGGUUGAACUGUUACUGAAUGGUCUGGAAACAUUGGAACGUCAGUUUACGCAUGAUCCCGUGAAGAAUUGGAGUCUGAUGAUUCAAGUCGAUGUGUGGCAUCAGAGCACCGGGCCGGACAUUUUACAUUUUGACUGGGGAGAUUUAAACGGAACCGAUUUGCCGAAAGUGCUUCAUCCCGGGCCGGGCUAUCAUCUGCUUGGCAGUACCCGAUUUGCUGCGGCCGAUUUGAUCUUUUCCCCUCGAGGUCAACUACCCAGUCGAUGGUAUCCGUUGUGCAAAUUUAUUCAUGGACAGUCUGCCGCCCUCGGAGAGACAGAACCGCGUGUGGCAGGUCAAUUUGUUGGCGGCAUUGAGGCCAGUGUGCAUUUCACAGAUGCGAUUGAAGCUAAACGGCACUUGUUGCGCUAUGUGGCGCGCACUUUCGCACGAGAUUCGAAGACCGCGCAUUGUCUCCGGCGCUGGCUGGUUCCCAUGCCUGUGUUUGCUGUUGGUCAGCCAGAAGAAUUGCCCACAAUGGAAGUUGAUGAAGAACCUUAUUUGUGGCACAAUGGGACUGGUACGUUUUUAACUUUUCGUUCUCUCGUUUUGCCCAGGUAG